ACGUCACGUGUAAAAACAAACCCGCCACUGUUGUAGCCCACACCUAAGUUUGCUCUCGCGUGUCCCGAUUUAACAGUGACAGUCACAUAUAUGUUAUAGCUGUAAUAAGCGACAGGAGACACACUCAUUGAAACUUUCUGUGAUUAGUGACAACGGUGUUGGCCGGUGCGCAGAUGUUUUUACGCGUUGCAUUUCAAAUCGGAAUCAAUGGCGUCCAGUGUUCUGGCAGCUUGUUCUGACAUCAUGUUGUCCGCCGCAGCGCUGUACUCUUCGUAUAAACUAUUUAAGGAUCACAGGGGGCCCUCGGUUGGCCUCUUCGUACUUGGUAUCUCUGCAAUGCUUAGCAUCUUCCAUCCCUUCAGCUUAUACUUCACCACCUUCCAAAAAGAAGCACAGUGGGCUGGGGAGGUUCUGGCUCCAGCACUGGUCUCCUUUGAAUUCCUGUGGCUCAGUCAAGAUCACAACACAGCACAGAUUCUCCUGUGUGGCUCCUGUCUGCUGCUCGGACUCUCAGACUGGCUCUCAGCGGAUACUCUUGCAAUCAUGACUCGCUGCCUGGGUCUGUCAUCUCUGUCCUGCUGCCUGACCGUGUGCCUGUUUGCUGGACUUUGACAGAGAUUUGUGGUGGAUGCUGCAGAUUGUCUCUCAGGAUUUCAGGGCUGUGAGCAGCUGCCUCAGCAGCUUCACUGCAGUAUAUGUGCAGGCAUCCAUGGCUCUGUGGUUUUCUGGUUUUCUCUGGGACAGUUCCUCCAUCAAACUUUGAAGCAGAUGUAACAGUGAUGCUUCGUACCGUUAUCAGCCAUUUACUCAGUAUGUUUGAGUUUUGAGAGCCCCAAAUGAUUAUAUAAUUGAACUAUCCGUGUGUUCUUAUAGCAUUCAUUUACAUUUUUGUUUAUUUUAUUUUUAACAUGACAUUUUUAUUUUUGACAAUGUUUAUCAAGCAAUGUCCUUGUUGUUUGUGGCUAAAAUGGUAUUAAUCACUAGAAAGAACAAUGUCAACCUAGUUUACAACAUGAAUAAAUAUAAGAAACUUGGCACUCAUUGUCCUUCUCUGACUCUGCCCAUUGGUAUCAGCCUCAACUUUCCCACCUCCAACAUUCUCCAUAUCUGUUUGCAUCUGUUCUUUCACCACUGCAGCAGAACAGGAAACCACACUGAGCAUGCUCGCUGCAGAUGCAGCCUGUAGA